CUGACCGAUGUUGACGACAGAAAAAUCAAGAACCAAGUAUAAAUAUAAGUUGUUUCUAAUUUCUAUGAUGCAUAUAGAACUUGGACACUGCACAUUCUAAACUUUAUUCCAUAUACGUACGUGUGCUUUUAUGUUCUUCUGAAAGUUUGAAGUAGAACUUCAUCAGUGUUCCUGGAAACUAUGACUUCGUCAAAGGAUUCUCCUCCGGCACAUCGUGACUUAGAGUCCGGUUCUCUCAAUGCUAUUACCUGUUCUGCUGAUGUGGAUGGCGAAGAUUACUCAACGGAUCCAUUUGAUAUUAGCAGAACAAAGGAUGCUUCCAUCCAACGACUCAACCGUUGGAGGCAAGCUGCACUUGUGCUUAACGCUUCUCGUCGAUUUCGUUACACCUUGGACUUGAAGAAAGAAGAAGAGAGGAAGCAAACACUGAGGAAGAUUAUAGUUCAUAUACGAGCCAUUCAAGCUGCAUAUCGUUUCAAGGAAGCUGCGAAGAACACAAACAGAACCAUAGUACUUCCUUCAAGCUCCAAUGGAGAAUUUUCAAUAGGACAAGAGCAACUUUCUUCAAUCUCAAGAGAGCAUGAUACAAAUGCUCUAAAGGAUUAUGGAGGGGUUAUAGGGUUGUCAAAUUUGUUGAAAACCAAUUUAGAUAAGGGGACUAAAGGCGAUGAAGCUGACUUGGUAAUCCGAAGGAAUGCAUUUGGUUCCAACAACUACCCUCGAAAGAAAGGACAAAACUUUUUGAUGUUUAUCUGGGAUGCUUGCAAGGAUCUGACCUUGAUUGUUUUAAUGGUCGCUGCGGUGGCUUCAUUAGCACUUGGGAUAAAAUCUGAGGGUAUUAAGGAAGGAUGGUAUGAUGGCGGAAGCAUUGCUUUUGCAGUUAUUCUUGUUAUUUCUGUUACAGCGAUAACCGAUUACAAACAAUCUCUUCAGUUUCAAGACUUAAAUGAGCAUAAAAGAAACAUACAUUUGCAGGUUAUUAGAUAUGGAAGAAGAAUCGAGAUCUCCAUAUAUGAUGUUGUUGUAGGUGAUGUUAUACCACUCAAUAUCGGUAACCAGGUUCCUGCCGACGGAAUUUUGAUCACCGGUCACUCUCUUGCAGUUGAUGAAUCAAGUAUGACCGGGGAGAGCAAGAUCGUCAAUAAGCAUUCUAAGGAACCUUUUUUGAUGUCGGGAUGUAAAGUUGCAGACGGAAGCGGCACUAUGCUAGUAACCGCUGUCGGUAUUAAUACCGAAUGGGGGCUUCUAAUGACUAGCAUUUCAGAAGACACUAGUGAAGAAACACCUUUGCAGGUUCGCUUGAAUGGUCUCGCUACCUUCAUCGGUAUCGCUGGCCUCGCUGUGGCUAUAAUUGUUCUAGUUGUGUUACUCGCCAGAUAUUUCUCCGGGCACACUAAAAAUCCCGAUGGAAGUGUUCAAUUUAUAGCGGGAAAGACCUCGGUCGGGGAUGCUAUUAAUGGAGUAGUUAAGAUAGCCACUAUUGCGGUCACCAUUGUAGUGGUUGCAGUACCCGAAGGACUUCCUUUAGCUGUUACCUUAACACUUGCUUACUCAAUGAAAAAAAUGAUGGCAGAUAAAGCUUUGGUGAGGAGGCUUUCUGCCUGUGAAACAAUGGGAUCAGCCACAACUAUCUGCAGUGAUAAGACUGGAACAUUGACAAUGAAUCAGAUGACUGUUGUUGAGGCAUGUGUUGGUGGAAAGAAGAUUUUACCGCCUAAUGAUAAGUCGCAGCUAUCUCCUAUCCUCUAUUCUUUGCUGAUUGAAGGUGCUGCACAGAACACUAAUGGAAGUGUUUUUGUACCUGAGAGUGGCAAUGGUGUUGAGGUUUCUGGAUCACCAACAGAAAAGGCAAUUUUACAUUGGGGAUUUCAGCUUGGGAUGGAUUUUGAGGCUACCAGAUCAGAAUCAUCAAUCGUACAUGUUUUUCCAUUCAACUCGGACAAGAAAAGAGGCGGAGUAGCAUUACAAAUGGUAACACCUUCUUUGCAGCCCGACGCUGAAAUCCAUAUACAUUGGAAAGGUGCUGCUGAGAUAGUUCUUGCCAGCUGUACUCGGUAUUUUGAUAUAAAUGAUCAGUUGGUGGAUAUGGAUGAAGAAAAGAUGACAGUUUUGAGAAAUGUCAUAGAAGAUAUGGCUGCCAAUAGUCUACGUUGUGUUGCCAUUGCAUAUAGACUAUUAGAUAAAACGGAGAACAUUCCAACCGGCGAAGAAGAACUUGCUUGCUGGUCAUUACCAGAGGACGAUCUUGUUUUACUGGCUAUUGUCGGUCUGAAGGUAUGUAUUUCCUCCAGAAUUAAUACUAUAAUGUCAUCUUUGUCUUUUUUAGAAUCCAUAACCAUUCUUGAAGGAUCCAUUCCUUGUAAAUUAUGUAUCGAAAUGCAGGAUCCUUGUCGACCUGGCGUCAAAGAUGCAGUGCACCUUUGCCAAAAAGCUGGUGUUAAGGUAAAAAUGGUCACUGGUGACAAUGUUAAAACUGCAAAAGCAAUUGCUGUGGAAUGUGGAAUACUUGGUUCAUUGGCGGAUGCUACAGAGCCAAACAUCAUUGAAGGAAAAACAUUUCGAGCCUUGUCAGACAAAGAGAGAGAAGACAUUGUUGAAAAGAUCUCGGUUAUGGGACGGUCGUCUCCUAAUGACAAGCUUCUGCUUGUGCAAGCAUUGAGGAGGAAGGGGCAUGUUGUGGCCGUAACCGGGGAUGGAACAAAUGAUGCUCCAGCACUGCAUGAGGCUGAUAUAGGUCUUGCAAUGGGCAUUCAAGGAACAGAAGUUGCUAAAGAGAGCUCUGAUAUCAUUAUUUUGGAUGACAAUUUUGCUUCUGUUGUGAAGGUUGUUAAAUGGGGGCGAUCUGUGUACGCAAAUAUUCAGAAAUUUAUCCAGUUUCAGCUUACAAUCAAUAUAGCAGCUCUUGUUAUAAAUGUCAUUGCUUCAUUUUCCACUGGCGAUGUCCCACUAAAUACAGUACAGCUUCUUUGGGUAAAUCUAAUCAUGGAUACUCUAGGAGCACUAGCCUUGGCAACUGAAUCACCAACAGAUCACCUUAUGGAUCAGCUUCCAGUUGGUAGAAGAGAUCCUCUUGUAACAAAUAUUAUGUGGAGGAAUCUGCUAAUACAGGCUAUGUACCAAGUUUCUGUCUUGCUUAUACUCAAUUUCCAAGGCAGGAGCAUACUGAGUCUAAGGCACGAGAUCAACGCCUAUGCUGUCAAAGUGAAGAACACUAUAAUAUUCAAUGCAUUUGUUCUAUGUCAAGUAUUUAAUGAAUUUAACGCGCGAAAGCCAGAUGAAUUCAACAUUUUCAAGGGGGUUACCAAAAACUAUCUAUUUAUGGGGAUAGUGGGAUUAACUAUAGUAAUCCAGAUUGUCAUCAUUGAAUUUCUUGGAAAUUUCACUAAAACAGUCAAGCUUAAUUGGAAGCAGUGGCUCAUAUGUGUUUUUAUAGGAUUUAUCAGCUGGCCUCUUGCAGUGAUUGGAAAACUGAUACCAGUACCUACGACUCCCAUGAAUAACUGUUUUAGAAGAUUUCAAUGUGGAAGAACUAGAAGAAAGAUGGAUUCUUAAGCUUCUCAAUAGUAAUGUAUA